GUUUGGAACUGAACUUUAUCGGACAAUAAAAAUCACGGUUUGUUUGAAGAAUGAAGCCAAAAAGGAGAACAAAAACGACACAAAACAGUAGAUAUAGAUAUGGCACAGCCACAUCAUCGAGUUCUGAAAUGUCGGGAGCCGAGGAAGGAUCACUUGGAAAAAAUGUGGGUAAAGAUGAGAAGGACACCGGAUUCUCAAAGACAAAGAUGGCAAUAAACAAGUUAUCGCAACAAUAUCUGACAAGAGAAUCAUCAGGAUGUGAAGCUGAUACAGAGAACAGCACAGCUGAGAGUGGUCAGUACGACUUCGAAGCAGCAGAGAACAACUUCACGCUUUGCUUGUCGCCAACCAAGAAAAAAAACAAAAAACCCAAAAAGCAGCCAAAGAAGAAAGGGAAUGCCAAAGGGAAAAAGCAAAACAAAAUGGACACUGAAAAUGAUCAGAAGCUAAAGCGAAAAUUCUCAGCAUUGGGUAUUUCUGACUCUGAGAACUCAGUGAACAUAUUAUCAGACAAGCCAGUCGAAAGUAAGAAAGCUCGUCCAUCAGUUGUUACUUUCUGUCUAAAGGAUGUUGAAAACAUGGAUUUCGAUAGUCCAUUCCAGAGUAAUGCUGGUUCUAACGAGAGCAAAGGAAGCAGCCUGUUCAUUUCACCAAUUGGCCAUGUUGGUGCCAUAACUGAGCCAGAUACAUUCAAAAUGAUGCGGUUCACUUCAAUUAAAGAAACAUCUACCCCUGCUGAGAGUAAGCCUGUUGUCGAUUCUGCCUCCAGUGAUGGUUGCUUUGGGUUCGAUUCCAUCAUGACACCAGAGCCUGAAGUAUCCCCAGUUCGAAAAAUCUCAUCAAUGGACUACAUGAUGACAGGUCGAUCAAUCUCCCCAACAGAUCUCGGUUCACCGGAACUGAAACCUGGUAGAAGAUUGCAAUCAAGGUGUAUGGAGUCAAAGAAACCCGAAAGACCUGUUCUCCGGAGGUCAAAGAGGAGUUCUGUCUUAUCAUCGCUGAUGUCGUCGCCUCCUCUGACCCAUGAGACUAGUUGUAUUAAAGUUGUUCCAAGGGCUGAAACUCGUGCCAUGUCCUCCAGCACAGCACCAAGGAGAGCAAGCAAAAGGCUUGUGAAACCCAUCAAAUGUGAAGUAAAAUGUAACAGAUCACCAACUGCAAGUAAACAGUUGAAAAAGAAAAGAAAAACAAAACCUUUGAAAGAUACUUCUGCUUCUCUAUCCUCAACUCAAAUUGACAGGUCAUUGGGAUCGAUGCUGACGUCGAUGGACUCAGGAAUCGCAAUGUCAUUUCAAGAUUCAAAUGUGUCCCAGACAAGUCCCAAUAAGGAAGAUGACAUAUUUGCUUUAAGAGCCCAAAGUUCCACGGAAGAAUCGUGUCCGAGCUUAUUUCAAUGGGAUGAGCCAAAGAUAUCAACUCACCAAAGCUCUCGCCACACAAACCCAAUCCGAAAGCUGAAAAGCAGCCAAGCAAAGAAGUUAAUGACAAAGCCUCCUCGUACCUCUAAACAAACAAAGACUGGGAAAGGAGAUGACCAGCAUAUCAAUCAAUGGGCAUCCAAGAUCAACCAUGAGUUUAGUGAGAUUGAGAUGUUCGAUCUGGUGAUCAGUACAUAGUUUCAAAUAGCAGAUGGUAUUGUGGAGGAUUUUGAAAGCAUUUGACCAGACAGGUCAGAAACUUUAGCUGCAAUGGAUUGUUUUGAGAAGUGUAAUAUGUGGCCAAAAUAGGUUUUCCACUCAACAUGGCCAAGAGUGGACUUGUGACUGAGAACUAUUUUUGGUCAGAAAAUGCUAACAUCAGUCUUAUAAAAAGAGAAAUAACAUGAUCUUAAUGUGAAAAAAUUGUAUUUACCUACUACUUUUCCAAAGAUUGGGGUAGGAAGGUUUUCAUCCAACAGUUUCUCAGGAAUUCUUUCUUCUUUGGCAAAGAUGGUACGAUUAUUCAAGUGGGUCCUGAAGCCAAUACAUGUAUGUGACCAAUUGAGUGUGGUUACUCAUAGAAUUUGAUGUUAUCUGAUUUACGAUACAUGGAAAGUGUAGCAUUUUAUUGUGUUAUACAUGUUGUAUUAUUCUCAUUGUACAAUUGUGUAAUUCUAAAUUGGGAUGAUUUUGAUAUUAACGGUAUAUGGUUUAUUGUCGUGGUUCCGAUACUAUAAAUUGAGACCAAGAGAAUUGAGCUAAAACCUGAGGCACUUUGGCAGAAGAUUUGAGUUGGAAUCAAUUGAUCAUUAGUUUCUAUAUAAAUAAAGAAGAGUAGUGUACAUAUCAUGAUCUCAUAUUGAAGGGAGACUGUAGGCAGGAGCCACUGAGGCCAGAUUGUAUUGUAAAUGAUGAACUUGUAAUGCGCUGAGUAAUUAGGAUAGGGCGAUGCAUGUACAUGCACUUGUGUGUAGUUGUAGUAGGUGCUUUUAUCUGUAGAGAAAUUUGAUGUCUUUAAACAAUGAGCUUUUUCCACAAGACACAUUCAUGAAGCCUACAUUUUCCUCGACAGUACCAAGUAACCAGAUACAGUUGAUAUGGUAGCAGCCCAACAAUGUUCUGUAAUUCUUUUUUUUUCUUGUGUCUGCAAAGUCAGCAUUUCUGUUUUAUUGGCUUCAUUCCUAUGAGUUAAAAAAAUAGCAGGCUGGAAA